UCGCGGUAUUUGUCCCGACUCUCGCGGGAUUUAGCGUGGCAUUGGGAGGCCGGGCCCGGAGGAGGAGGUGGCGUUCCGUUAGCGGCGUUGGGGUCUGGCUGCAGUGGCAGUGCUUUCUCCUCUGCUCACUGGGACCCGCUCAGGCUGGAGGCCAGCCAGCUCUUGCCGCCACCUCGGUCGCGAUGGGGGCGCAGGACCGGCCGCAGUGCCACUUCGACAUCGAGAUCAACCGGGAGCCGGUUGGUCGCAUUAUGUUUCAGCUCUUCUCAGACAUAUGUCCAAAAACAUGCAAAAACUUCCUUUGCUUGUGCUCAGGAGAGAAAGGCCUUGGGAAAACAACUGGGAAGAAGUUAUGUUAUAAAGGUUCUACGUUCCAUCGUGUGGUUAAAAACUUUAUGAUUCAGGGUGGGGACUUCAGUGAAGGUAAUGGAAAAGGUGGAGAAUCAAUUUAUGGUGGAUAUUUUAAAGAUGAAAACUUUAUACUCAAACAUGACAGAGCGUUCCUUUUGUCAAUGGCAAAUCGAGGGAAACAUACCAAUGGUUCCCAGUUUUUCAUUACCACAAAGCCUGCUCCACACCUGGAUGGGGUGCAUGUCGUCUUUGGACUGGUUAUUUCUGGUUUUGAAGUAAUCGAACAAAUUGAAAAUCUGAAAACCGAUGCUGCAAGCAGACCAUAUGCAGAUGUGCGAGUUAUUGACUGUGGAGUACUUGCCACAAAAUCAAUAAAAGAUGUUUUUGAGAAAAAAAGGAAGAAACCAACUCAUUCAGAAGACUCGGAUUCCUCUUCCAAUUCCUCUUCCUCUUCAGAAUCAUCUUCAGAAAGUGAAAUUGAACAUGAGAGAAGCAGAAGGAGGAAACAUAAGAGGAGGCCAAAAGUUAAACGUUCUAAAAAGAGGCGAAAGGAAGCAAGCAGUUCAGAAGAACCAAGGAAUAAACAUGUAAUGAAUCCAAAAGGUCACUCUGAGAGGAGUGAUACCAAUGAAAAAAGGUCAGUUGAUUCCAGUGCUAAAAGGGAAAAACCUGUGGUCCGCCCAGAAGAGAUUCCUCCAGUGCCUGAGAACCGAUUUUUACUGAGAAGAGAUAUGCCUGUUGUUACUGCAGAACCUGAACCGAAGAUUCCUGAUGUUGCACCCAUUGUAAGUGAUCAGAAACCAUCUGUAUCAAAGUCUGGACGGAAGAUUAAAGGAAGGGGCACAAUUCGCUAUCACACACCUCCAAGAUCAAGAUCCUGUUCUGAGUCAGAUGAUGAUGACAGCAGUGAAACUCCUCCUCACUGGAAAGAGGAAAUGCAGAGAUUAAGAGCAUAUAGACCACCUAGUGGAGAAAAAUGGAGUAAAGGAGAUAAGUUAAGUGACCCCUGUUCAAGUCGAUGGGAUGAAAGAAGCUUGUCCCAGAGAUCCAGAUCAUGGUCCUAUAAUGGAUAUUAUUCAGACCUUAGUACAGCAAGACACUCUGAUGGCCACCAUAAAAAACGCAGAAAAGAAAAAAAGGUUAAGCAUAAAAAGAAAGGGAAAAAGCAGAAACAUUGCAGAAGACACAAACAAACUAAGAAGAGAAGGAUUCUUAUACCGUCUGACAUAGAAUCCUCAAAAUCUUCCACUCGAAGAAUGAAAUCCUCUUGUGAUAGAGAAAGGAGUUCUCGUUCUUCCUCAUUAUCGUCUCAUCACUCAUCAAAGAGAGACUGGUCUAAAUCUGAUAAGGAUGUCCAGAGCUCUUUAACCCAUUCCAGCAGAGACUCAUACAGAUCAAAAUCUCACUCACGGUCUUAUUCUAGAGGAAGCUCAAGAUCAAGGACUGCGUCAAAGUCCUCAUCACAGUCUCGAAGUAGAUCAAAGUCCAGAUCUAGUUCCAAGUCUGGGCACCGAAAGAGAACAUCAAAAUCACCAAGAAAACCAGCUUCUCAGUUAAGUGAAAAUAAACCAGUUAAAACAGAACCUUUAAGAUCAACCAUGGCACAAAAUGAAAAUGUAGUAGUACAACCAGUUGUAGCAGAAAAUAUUCCUGUAAUACCACUGAGUGACAGUCCCCCCCCUUCAAGAUGGAAGCCUGGACAGAAACCUUGGAAGCCCUCUUAUGAGCGAAUUCAGGAAAUGAAAGCUAAAACAACCCAUUUGCUACCCAUCCAAAGCACUUACAGUUUAGCAAAUAUUAAAGAGACUGGUAGCUCAUCAUCCUACCAUAAAAGAGAAAAAAAUUCAGAAAGUGAUCAGAGCACUUAUUCAAAAUACAGUGAUAGAAGUUCAGAAAGCUCACCAAGGUCAAGGAGCAGAUCUUCUAGGAGUAGAUCUUAUUCCAGAUCAUAUACAAGAUCACGUAGUCUAGCUAGUUCACAUUCAAGGUCUAGGUCUCCAUCAUCUAGAUCUCAUUCACGAAAUAAAUACAGUGAUCAUUCACAGUGUAGUAGAUCAUCUUCAUAUACUUCUGUUAGCAGUGAUGAUGGAAGGCGAGGUAAGAGGAGACUUAGAUCCAGUGGGAAAAAAAAUAGUGUUUCACAUAAAAAACACAGCAGCAGCUCUGAAAAGACACUUCACAGUAAAUAUGUCAAAGGUAGAGACAGGUCUUCAUGUUUGAGAAAGUAUAGCGAGAGCAGAUCAUCUUUAGAUUAUUCUUCAGACAGUGAGCAGUCAAGUGUUCAGGCUGCACAGUCAGCCCAGGAGAAAGAAAAGCAGGGCCAAAUGGAAAGAACACAUAAUAAACAAGAAAAAAACAGAGGUGAAGAAAAAUCCAAGCCUGAACGGGAAUGCCCUCAUUCAAAAAAAAGAACUUUGAAAGAGAAUCUUUCUGAUCACCUUAGAAAUGGCAGUAAGCCCAAAAGGAAGAAUUAUGCUGGUAGUAAAUGGGACUCUGAGUCAAAUUCAGAACGAGAUGUAACUAAAAACAGUAAAAAUGACUCCCGUCCAUCCUCUGACAAGGAGGAAGGUGAGGCCACAUCCGAUUCUGAAUCAGAGGUUAGUGAAAUUCACAUCAAAGUGAAACCCACAACCAAGUCGUCUGCAAAUACUUCACUGCCUGAUGAUAAUGGUGCUUGGAAAUCAAGCAAACAGCGCACAUCAACUUCUGAGUCUGAGGGGUCCUGUUCCAAUUCGGAAAACAAUAGAGGAAAGCCACAAAAGCACAAACAUGGGUCAAAGGAAAAUCUUAAAAGAGAACACACCAAAAAAGUGAAAGAGAAAUUGAAAGGGAAAAAAGACAAAAAGCACAAGGCUCCAAAACGAAAGCAAGCAUUUCACUGGCAGCCUCCACUCGAAUUUGGCGAAGAGGAGGAGGAGGAGGAGAUUGAUGACAAGCAAGUUACUCAGGAGUCAAAAGAGAAAAAAGUUUCUGAAAACAGUGAAACCAUAAAAGAUAAUAUUCCAAAACCUGAGAAAUCCUGUGAAGAGGGCAACCUUUCAGGUAAACAUAAUACAGUGACUGUUACCUCAGAUCUUGAUCAGUUUACUAAAGAUGAUAGUAAACUCAGUAUUUCUCCCACAGCUUUAAAUACUGAGGAAAACGUGGCCUGUUCACAAAACAUUCAGCAUGUUGAAGAAAGUGUUACCAAUGGAGUGGAAGAUGUGCUUCAAACAGAUGACAACAUGGAGAUCUGUACUCCUGAGAGGAGUUCCCCAGCAAAGGUAGAGGAGGCUUCCCCUCUAGGAAAUGCACGGCUUGGUACCCCAGAUAUAAACAUUGUUCUGAAGCAGGAUAUGGCAACAGAACAUCCUGAAGCAGAGGUGGUAAAACAGGAAAGCAGCAUGUCUGAAAGUAAAGUGUUGAGUGAAGUGGGGAAACAGGACAGCAGCUCUGCUAGCUUGGCUAGUGCUGGAGAAAGUACCGGGAAGAAGGAGGUGGCUGAGAAGAGCCAGAUCAACCUCAUUGAUAAGAAAUGGAAGCCCCUGCAAGGUGUGGGGAACCUGGCAGCACCUACUGCUGCCACAUCCAGUGCUGUGGAAGUUAAGGCAUUGACCACUGUGCCUGAAAUGAAACCACAAGGUUUGAGAAUAGAAAUUAAAAGCAAAAAUAAAGUUCGGCCUGGGUCUCUCUUUGAUGAAGUAAGAAAGACAGCACGCUUAAACCGUAGACCAAGAAAUCAGGAGAGUUCAAGUGAUGAGCAGACGCCUAGUCGGGAUGAUGAUAGCCAGUCCAGGAGUCCAAGUAGAUCUCGAAGUAAAUCUGAAACCAAAUCAAGACACAGAACAAGGUCUGUCUCCUACAGUCACUCAAGAAGUCGAUCGAGAAGCUCCACAUCAUCUUAUCGAUCAAGAAGCUACUCUAGAAGUCGGAGCAGAGGAUGGUACAGCAGAGGCCGAACCAGAAGCCGGAGCAGUUCCUACCGGAGUUACAAAAGUCAUAGGACGUCCAGCAGGAGCAGAUCCAGGAGCAGCUCAUAUGAUCCCCACAGUCGGUCCAGGUCCUACACCUACGAUAGCUACUAUAGCAGGAGUCGGAGUCGAAGUAGAAGCCAGAGAAGUGACAGUUACCACCGAGGCAGAAGUUAUAAUCGGCGGUCCAGGAGUUGUAGAUCUUAUGGCUCUGACAGUGAAAGUGACCGAAGUUACUCUCAUCACCGGAGCCCCAGUGAGAGCAGCAGAUAUAGUUGAAAAUGUCCUUUUUGUGGAUACAAAUUAUAUCUUAUUUGUAAAUAUCUGGCAACUUAAAAGCUUAAGAAACUUAAUGACAGUCUGUUGUUCUAUUUCAAUAUCAGAGAUGAAUUUCAAAAAUAGAUACUUCUUAAUUGUUACUCGUUCAUUUACAUGUGGUGAGAAGAAUUUAAAAUACAGAUAUGUCUCCUAAAAAUAUUUUUAUGCCACAUUUUACAGUAGCCAACUAUGGAAAUGAACUUCAUUUUCUUGAAUCAAGAAAUCGUGAAAUUUAUGUAUAAUUUGCAAUAUUAUUUUAAGUCUAUUUCACUCUAUCUCACGUAUUCCUUAGAAUACAGAUUCUUUUUGCCUGUUUUUCCAGUUUUAGCAUAUAUGCUGCCAAGCAUAGAACUGUGAAGGAGAACUGUUAAAGGCGGCCAAAUAUUUAUAUACCGAUUACAUAGAGUCUUGUACAUAAUGUGCUCUAAAAACAAACCACCCAGAAUUGAUACUGUUGGUAACCAGGAGUAUAAGGCAGUGGCUCUGGGGUUCUUAAUUCAUUCCUAACUUCUUUGAUAUUUCACAGGAUUAGGAAAGUGGUCAUGAUACGUCCCACACAGUCUGUAUUACUUCAGGCUUGUGGGCAAGGUUAGGAAGAAUCAAUCAGCCUUAACUAUAAAUACCUGCACUGUCUCUGAGGACUUACUAUUUUAUGUUCUUUUUAAUCAAUACCUAUCAGAAGUUUAGGUUAUAAAAGCAAUUCUAUUCUACUUCAUGCUUUGGUGCUUGGUAAUUUUUGGUACCUCUUUAAGCAUUACUCUUACAGAUCAUAUAUUUAAAUACCAUAAAAGAGAAAAAUUAAAUUCAAAAAAAUCACUGGCACCAAAAAUGGUUUAUUCUGAGCUGUCUUCACUUUGACUAUUUGGGGGGCUUCUUCUCUCAAGUACAGAUGUGGGUUGGGGUCCCCUGGAGCAGGCAGGAUUGGCAAUAGGAGAUACUGGCCACUCAAGUCUACUACGUGUGUGUACCUCUGGAAGAGUGAAGACUGGACUUCAAAAGUAACAUCAAAAUCUAACUGCCACCAUCCUGGAGACAUUUUGCAGGGCUUUCAAGUCUUUCAAGUACAGGAUAUUACCACAACAGCAGCUAAACUGUUGUAACCAGCAUGUUUUUCCUGUUUCCACUGUGACCUGCAGCUGACUCAAAGCCUUGCAUGACCUGACCCAGGUGCAAGAGACAGGGGAAGAGGGAUAGAGGGUAUAGCAUAAAUUAUAUAUUUUCAUGGCUUUGGGUGGUUCCUCCAAAAAUAAUUGGACCUGUAAAAACUAGUGUGUGUGUGUGUGUGUGUGUGUGUGUUUAAUCUUUACUUUGAAUUUGUUCCCCAAGUGUACUUAAUCACCUUAGUGCCACUUUAAUCCAGUUAUGCAGAAGAAAUUCAUAUUGGAUGCCUGAUGUAGAACUCAGCACCACCCUACCACAGGCCUUGUCUGGUGUAUUUGGGAAGUGGAAAAGAGCCCUCAGUUGUAGGGAGCUGACAACCCUUGGUGGAGGGAGGGUGCCCUUGAAUGUAUUAAAACUAUCACCCAAAGAAGGUAUGAAAACAGGGUAAGGUGGUCAGUUGUUUGCCAGGUUGAUAGACAGAAGUACAUUAGAAAACAGGACUUUGGCCAAACAAACAAUACUGGAUACUGAAUACAAAACAGUAUGAUUUAAAGGUUUUCAAGGGUUGCCUGCAUACUACUAGUCAGAAGGAAAAAAAUGCAUUCAGAACCCAAGCAGAAACUGCCAAAUGUAAUUAAGAAAAGUUGCCCUUGGGCACUGUGUUAGUUUUCUAUUGCUGUGUGACAAAUUACCCCAAAUUUAGCAACUUAAAACAACACCCAUUUAGCAGUUCUGUAGCUCAUGGGUCUGGCACAGUGUGGCUGGCUUCUCUGCUCAGGGUCUUACAAGGCUGAAAUAAGGGUUGGCAGGACAACAUUCUUUCAUGGAGGCUCUGGGGAAGAAUCUGCUUCUAAGCACAUUCAGGUUGUUGGCAGAAUUCAGUUCCUUGCUGGCUGUCAGCUGGGGGCCCCUCUCUCACCUCCUUAAGGCUGCCUGCAUUCCUUCUUGUGUGGUCCCCUCCAGCUUCAAACCAGCCUUCCUGCUCUUUCUCAUGGUUCAUCUCUCUCUCCCGUCCUCCUCUGUUUUAGGGGCAUAUGAUUAGCUCAAACCCACAGAUAUAUUUGAAGGUCGAUUGUGCGAUAGAACAUAAUUGCAGGAGUACUAUCUCAUCUCAUCAUAUUCACGGGUUCCGGAAAUUAGCUCACUGAAAGGGGGAGGGGCAUUUUCAAAUUCUGCCUACCACAGGCAAUAACUUUGCCCAUCUCAGCUGUGGGUGGAAUUUUAUCCAGAAAAGAUAGGCCCUAGAAGCCUCAUUCCUUUUCUCCAUGGACAAGGACAGCCCUCUGCUGCAGCAUUCAACUUGUAUGUUUACUGACAGAGUGAACUACAGAAAUAGCCUUUCUUCCUAAAGGGGAUUGUUCUGUAUUUUGAAGUUAUUUUUUAAUAAAAUUGAAUUAUGUUGUGUAUUGUGCUUCUUAAUAGGAAAUGCAUUAUUGGACUGUUUUUGUAACAUCUUGUUUAUUGCAAAUAGCUAGUAUUGUUCAAAAACUGUAUAAAAUACUUUUGUACAUAUUAGCAAUGUCUAAUUUGUAUACACUUCAGUUAAAUUUCCCUAAAACUUGAAAGGGGACCUUGUAGAAAUUAAAAUAUAUACUUAGUCUAA